GACGUUUAAAAUGUAAUUUUCUUGUAUCAUAACAUUGAGAAAUCAACAAAAAACAAGACGUAAUUCAAAUUUGCUCCUGAAAAAUGUCCAACAACAGAACAAACAACAAUCGCAACAAUGAACAGGAGCAAUCAGGAGGAAAUUGGUUACUUGCAGCAGGAAUUGGAGUUGCAGUAGGAGCGGGAUUGGCUUACAUGUUUGGAAAAUCGUCUCAGGAAUCACAACAAAGGUGUUCAGAAAACAGUGCGUCUCGACUCCAAAGUGACUUUUCAGCAGAGGAGAGAAACCGCACAAAUCAAUGCAAUCCGACGCACAAACCCACAGGCCCGGGACAUCGAGCUGGAUAUCAUGGAGCGGGAACAAAAGCUGAUUUGGACAAUCAUGCAGACCAAUUAAAUCCCAAUAAUGAUAAAUAUUGGAACAACAAAAGAUAUUGAGACGUUCUUCAAGAACAUUCCAUGGGCCUGAAAUUUUAUUCCGGAUGCCAAAUUUAUUUUUUUUUUUCCAAAAUAAUUAUUAAAUUAAUUGAAAUAUUUCUGAAGUAAAGUCCAAAUUAUUUU